AUGUACGAACCAAAGAGCGCAGUAGCGGUUGAUGAACUUGAAUCGUGGGUGGAGUUGAAUUCUGGUGGGCUUAAUGGAGCUGAGAAUGAAUACAUUCGGUUACUGCGUGAGGCUCAGAGGGAGAGCCGGGACUCCUCUGUUCGACACUCGCGAGCCUCCAGCAUGAAGGGCAGUCCUAAAUCGCCGCCCAACAGUCCGAACCUCGAGCCGUCUACUGAAGAUGAGCUGAAGGGAGUCUACAUUAAUUGUUGGAGGGAUGAAUCCAACGAUUGGGUUUGGGAGUGGAGCAGCCGGCCUGACCAGCUGCCCCCUAAGGACUGGCGGUUCAAGCACCCGGUAAAUGCUCGUGGACCUCCCUCAGCCACCUCCUCUAUUGAGGUUUUGGAGCAGCAGGCUAAUAUGCAGCAGAGUCACUGCCUGUCCGUCCGUCGCACCUGCCUGUUUAGUCGCGGUGCUGUAGCGGCCGUUCUUGUCACCAACAUUGUGUCUCUUCUCAUCGGAGCCGGAAUUGGCAUUUGGUUGAGCAAAAAAGGAAUGCUCCCUCCCAGACUGAUUGUGCUGAACUAA